UAACUUGCUCCUUGGUCCUUGCUCAGCUGCUUGCUCUGCAUAGUACAUUGCCCACGCAGGCUAGGUAUGUUCAUCUGCCUCGGAAAGCUGUCACUGUCAGGCGCUUGCUACUUGGACUUUAAAAGAUGUAUAUGAGCGCUUAGGUACAACCAAUCCCUUCAAACAAAUCUGCUUUCACGAGACAUCCAGUGCUAUGAUUGCCCUAAGUCCCGCUCCAACUGCCACAGCAUUGCAAAAAAUCACCGCCGUCGCAAAACCAAUUGGUUCCCGGCUGCUGACGUACGCAAAUGCAGGUGGCCUAGGGAUUGCGGUCAUCCCCAACCAGUGUCUAGCAAUCAGAACUGGGAUCCAGCUUGUUGACUCUGACAUCCGAGGCACUUCUUCAAGUUUGGAUGAACACGCUAUCAAGCAAUAUACUUCGCACUUGACGUCCAAGCGAAAAGGUCAGCCGCUUGGCGUGCAUUUGUGAAUGCGGGAGGUCAGUUUGCCUGUUUGUUUUGAAGGUUUCUGGGCCUUUGAUCCUUACUUGCUCAAAGGAGCUAACACUGCCAAACUUUGUGCCACCAAGGCAGCAGUGGGCAGAACAAGAGAGUUACUGUCAAGAAUGUCUCACUAGACAACCGCUUCAAGUAGUCAAAUCUUAGAGAGGGCACAAUAUAGCCCCAGCUGCCUGUAGAGACAUCUGUGUGACUUCUCCUUCAUGAUGGCAUUCAACGGAUCGUGUACUUCAUGACUCCUCAACUGCCCCUUGUUACUUCCCUGUAGUUUUGUUUCCAUUACUUUGCCCGUAGAAUUGUUGAGUUUAGAAAUGUCCCAAUGAGAUAAUUACUCAAGAGGCGCACCGUCUGUUACUGCCAGCUUGUGGGGGCACUUGCUGCUUCAGAGCCACUCCUUGCAGUACUGUACUGAGGAGAGCGGUGGCCACAAGAGCUAGUCAACAAGGAUCGGGGGCCAUGGAGUCAAUAAAGGUGGAACCUGGGAAAACGCGGGUCGGGUGGAUAGGCACGGGUGUCAUGGGAGCGGCCAUGUGCGGGCAUAUCAUGGACGCUGGUUUCUCAAUGACAGUCUACAACCGUACAAUCAGCAAGGCAGACGGACUGAAAGCCAGGGGCGCAGUUGUUGCGGAGUCGCCAAAGCAGGUGGGAGAGCAGAGCGACGUCGUAUUCAGCAUCGUGGGAUUCCCUGCUGACGUCAGGCAGGUCAUUCUGGGUGAGAGCGGCGUGCUUGCAGGGCUCAAGCCGGGUGGCGUCAUCGUGGACAUGACGACGAGCGAGCCGUCGCUGUCGAGGGAGAUUUUCGAAGCAGCGCAGGCAAAGGGUUGCAACGCGGUCGAUGCCCCAGUGUCUGGCGGAGACAAGGGCGCAAAAGCCGCGAAGCUGGCCAUCAUGGCGGGAGGGCGGGAAGAAACGGUUGCGGCACUGGCCCCUCUGCUGAACGCGAUGGGUAACACCACGUACAUGGGCCCCGCUGGGAACGGGCAGCACUGCAAAAUGGCGAACCAGAUUACGAUCGCGUCUACCAUGGUGGGAAUGGUUGAGGGGAUGUUGUACGCGCACAAAGCGGGCCUGGACGUCCCGACGUACUUGCGGGCCAUCUCUAGCGGCGCUGCCGCGUCUAAGUCAUUAGAGCUCUACUCGCAACGCAUCCUGCAACGGGAUUUCGAUCCAGGCUUCUUCGUCGCCCACUUUGUGAAGGACCUUGGGAUUGCCCUGAACGAGUGCCAGAGGAUGGGUUUGUCGCUACCGGGCUUAGCACUGGCCCAAUCACUUUAUGUGUCUCUGAAGGCCCAUGAAGAAAGCAAUUUAGGGACGCAAGCGCUUGUCUUGGCCCUAGAGAGGCUAAAUAACACCAAGCUUCCUACUAUCAGCUAGGCGCGCAAUGUUCUUUUCCAGAUCUUUUGGCAGGUAAGUCAAUGACUUUAGGUACAUAGUGCAUUGAAGAAGCCGAUUAGAUGGGUGAAAGUAGACGGCCUCACCGUUGGCAAAAGGAGGUCCAACAUUCGUCAGGCGCAGUCAUUGACUUGUGGUAUAAUCUUGAGCUUUCACGCCACAAUGCACUCGCUGACAUGACAAUAGCAGCUACAGUGAAGCAAUCCAGAUUCGUGAAUGAAUACAUAACACAAAAACAGGUGGCGUGGCGACAUUCUGAACGGAUCGCCAUACUCGGUGUCUGGCAUGGAUGUGUGACAAUUUGCAAUUCUGAAAUUAAGC